AAUUUUAGAUGGCGCAUCAAUUACUUUUGGUUGUGUUGGCAUGCUUUGCUGGUUUGGCCGCCGCCCAAACCUACCAGGCAUAUCCUACCCAUCUGUACCCUGUGGAACACCGAGCCUACAGGGGAAUCAGACCUAUAGCAGAACUACCCUCAUCCAGCGCUUAUGAAUUCCAAGUUGUACCUGCCAGUGCCGUAGCAGAAUACGAUAUCAGCACAGAUUUGUCCAUCUGGGAUUAUAUCCCGAACCCAAUAUCUGCCCUGUCAUGCGUAGCUUCAAAGACCCUGUCUGUGGCCAAAUGGAUCUUAGCUAAGGCUCCGUUGAUUAUUCUAGGAAUGGCGCUUGUCAUCGGAUUCUGUGCGUUCACCCCCUACUGCACCCUCAUCAUCGAGAAACCUUUCACCAGAGAAAUCAGGUCCCUCAACAUCCCCUUCCUUGAUGAAGUUGAAUACUACGUGAAGGAGGCCUACCACAAGUAUCAAGCGAUGCAGAACGAUCAUUAGUUUAAGGUGUUAGCUUUAAUAAUUUAUUGUACUUAUUUAUUUUUAAAUAAACACUGAGCAACAUAACAACAG